AUGCUCCUCACCGCAGGCCUCUUGGUGUCUAUGGACAUCUGGGGGACACAGGAUAUGCAGAGUGACUUCAGAUGUAAGGUGAUUGUCUUCCUCAACAAGGUACUGAGGGGCCUCUCCAUUGGUACCACCUGCCUCUUGAGUGUGCUGCAGGCCAUCACCAUCAGCCCCAGAGGCUCCUGGUUGGCUACAUUCAAACCUAAAUCUCCAAACCCCAUCCUAUGUGUAUUUCUCUUCUUGUGGGUCCUGAACACGUCCAUCUGCAGCAACCUGCUUCUCUACACUCUGGCCACGCCCAAUGCAACCCAGACUAGUCUUCUCUUCCUCACUGGGUACUGUUCCUUUUGGCCCAUGAGCUACAUGCACAGGGGCCUGUUUUUCACACUGAUGACAUUCAGAGAUGUCUUCUUCAUGGGGCUUAUGGUCCUGUCAAGUGGGUACAUGGUGAUUCUCUUGUACAGACAUAAGCAGCAGUCCCAGGGUCUUCACAGCAAGAGCCCCUCUCAAAGAAGCUCCCCCGAGAAAAAGGCCACUCAGAAGAUUCUUCUGCUGAUGAGUUGUUUUGUGAUCAUAUAUUGUGUGGACUUCAUCACCUCAUUCUCCAUUGGCAUGACAUGGACAAGUGACCCAAUCCUCACAGGUAUCCAGAUGCUCAUGGCCAAUGGCUAUGCCACAUUCAGUCCUUUGGUGCUAAUCAAUGCAAGGAGCAAAUAA